GUCCCAAUCCAAUCCAGGCGCGCUGCGGCCUUCAAAACGCCAUCGGGCAGACUGGGCGCAUGCGGUGUAGAAGGCUCUCAAGCUGCAGCUUUCGCGAAGCGCAUGGGCAGUGGCAUCAACUCCGUUUCCUAGGCGAGCGCAUGCGCAGUGUUGUCGGGCGGUGUCGGUUCCGGGUAAAGCCGUGAUAGGAGCGGCUGCAGAAGCUUCUUGAUCGGAUCGGCCAUGGCGGCAGCGGCGGCAACAGCAGCCCCGGGUGGGGCAGGGCCCGUGCCGGUACCCGGCGCCCCAAGGCUUGGAGUAGAGACGGUGAAAGGGCAGGUGUUUGAUGUGGGGCCGCGCUACACGGACCUGCAGUACAUCGGCGAGGGGGCGUACGGCAUGGUCUGCUCUGCCUACGACCAUGUCAACAAGAUCCGGGCUGCCAUCAAAAAGAUCAGUCCCUUUGAGCACCAGACAUACUGCCAGCGCACCCUGCGAGAGAUCAAGAUCCUUCUGCGUUUCAAACAUGAGAAUGUCAUCGGCAUCAAUGACAUCUUGCGUGCACCAACCAUAGAUCAGAUGCGUGACGUAUACAUAGUGCAGGAUUUGAUGGAGACUGAUCUCUAUAAGCUGUUGAAGACCCAGCAGCUCAGCAAUGAUCACAUCUGCUACUUCCUUUAUCAGAUUCUCCGAGGGCUGAAAUACAUCCACUCUGCCAAUGUGCUCCACCGGGACCUGAAGCCCAGCAACCUUCUCAUCAACACCACGUGUGACCUGAAGAUCUGUGACUUUGGCCUGGCCCGGAUUGCUGAUCCAGACCAUGACCACACAGGUUUCUUGACGGAGUAUGUUGCUACUCGCUGGUACCGUGCCCCUGAAAUCAUGCUUAAUUCCAAGGGCUACACCAAGUCCAUUGAUAUAUGGUCUGUGGGCUGCAUCCUGGCUGAGAUGCUGUCGAACCGGCCCAUCUUUCCUGGCAAGCACUACCUGGACCAGCUCAACCACAUCCUGGGUAUUCUGGGUUCCCCGUCUCAAGACGACCUGAACUGCAUCAUCAACAUGAAGGCGCGCAACUAUCUCCAGUCGCUACCCCAGAAGCCCAAGGUUCCCUGGUCCAAACUGUUCCCUAAGGCUGAUCCCAAAGCUCUGGACCUGUUGGACAAAAUGUUAACCUUUAACCCCAACAAGCGCAUCACGGUGGAGGAAUCGUUGGCCCAUCCUUACCUAGAGCAGUACUACGAUCCCUCGGAUGAGCCAGUUGCCGAGGAGCCCUUCACCUUUGACAUGGAGCUGGAUGACCUGCCCAAAGAGAAGCUGAAAGAACUGAUAUUUGAGGAGACAGCACGAUUCCAGCCUGGCUACCAAGGACCCUGAGGGGCUGUAUGGACCAUUGGUCACUGCUUCACCAGGAGAUGAUUUGGGACUGUACCCAGCUCCCCUACUGGAUUUUGGAGGGGAGCACAGGAUUCAGGGGGUACCGAUUUGGGGGUGCCCCUGUCGACUUGCUGUACAACUGCGCUUUGCUACGUGGCUGUGAACCCUGGUAACCCAUCUCUGGACCCCCUUAAUGUAAUGUGUCAGGGUGAGACCCUCGUGCCCAGGUUGGGGAAGGGGAGGGGCUGCUGCCCUCCCCUACAGAAGGGAAAGGAAACCGGCUCCCCCUCACCCUUUAGCCCUUCAAUGAGACGGAAGGGGUGUGUCAUCUCCUUUUUUGGCAUUUUAUUGUCUGUUAACGAGUUAAUAAACUAAUGCUGAUUUUAGCAGGGGCAUUUUCUGAUCCCUUGGGCAUUAUUAGCAAGGGGAGUUGAACAUGAAAUUCUGGCUCCUGGACUCUCCCUCCCUUUAUUCCACUGAAGUCCCAUUACCUUUCUGAAACUGGGAACAGAACCCAAGAGUUCUGGCACCCUGACUUCCCUUCAACACUCCAAGAACCCAGGAGUCUGGUUCCUCCCUGCUUAAAUGGGGGGCAUGCCUGUUCUAGUUCUCGCCUACUGGCUAGUGCCAUUUUGAAACACCCAUAAUGCACAUCUGACCUAGGUCAUCACAGUGGACAACAUCUGGUAAGCAGUGUGGAAAGCAUUCUUACGACUGCUGAAAAGCAUGCCUGGCUUAAACAGGGGGGGAGUUCUUCCUCUUCAACUUCACUGUGGUGUUUUUAAAAGCUGUGCAAUGGAAGGUUGUCAACCUUAUCUGCUUCCUCUAGUUGGAGAAGGCAGGGUUUGUGGUUGUCUGUCUGUUUUUUCCAUUUUGCAUCCGAUCAAUGGGGCUGUUGCAAACUCUAUGCCUCAAGAAACCAAUUAGCCUCUCUCUACAACAGCACGGCACUCUUUUCUUCUUGCUGCUGCAGACUAACAUGGCUGCCCUCUAGUUUUUCCCUCCUGAUAUUUUUCAAUGACUGUGUGUGCAGAUUUAACCCCAGUCUCCAUCACACAAAACUAAAGCCAGAAAGGAGCAGGGCCUGUAGCUACCUGCAUAUGUGAACUUUAAAAGGGAGGGAGAAGCUGGAAAGAUGAACAGUCACAUUUGUGCAUCCCGAGGGGACAGCCCAGUUGUCCCCUAACCACCUAGCCAUGCAGGUGGAGGGAGGUAUUUCGGACCUGUGAGCAUUAAAAGGAGAAAGUUAUUAGACUGGAAUUGGCUGUAAGUAGUGGGAAUGAAACCACCUCGGUUGAAAGCGAACCCCUCAGGGAGCUCCAUUUCUCAGAUGGACUAACUUCCUGAUGAUGUCUUUCCAUCUACACGUAUAACAUUGUGGGGUACCGAUUUGGAUGAGUGAGAUUCCAGGAACGUUUGAGUUCAUCCCAAGAUGGGAACUCUGUAAGCGGAAAAACUGGAGUGUGGGGUGUUCUUUGAUUUCCUUAAUUAUUUGCUGGAGUAAGGAAGAAGCCUCUUGGUCCAGAAAUUGCCUGUUUGUCUAGGACUUGGCUGUGACGACAUGCAGUGGGCUUCCUCAGAGUGUGUGAUAUUUUGAGAGAACUUGGAUUGAAGGGAAUUAAUGCCUCCCCAUCCCCUCCUGCUUUGAAUUGUAUAAAACCCUGAAAUAAAUCAUUCCUUUAUUCCUUCA